CCACUCCUUGAGAGCUUCCAAGAUACAAACAAGCAUAUCUAGCUAGCUUUGUUUUCUCUAAUUAAAGAAAGAUGGUUAAGCUACAUAGGCAUGUUGGAACUCUUGCAUUGUUGUUCGUGUUGGUGAUAGGAGUAGCUGAGUGCCGAAGACUUGGAGAAGAUGAGAUAGUUGAUGGUAAUAGGGGUGGUGGUUUUGGUGGCGGAGGAGGGUUUGGUGGAGGAGGUGGUGGUGGUCUAGGAGGUGGGCAUGGUGGUGGUGCUGGAGGAGGGUUUGGAGGUGGAAAGGGUGGUGGUGGUGGUAUAGGAGGUGGGCAUGGUGGCGGUGCUGGAGGAGGAUUUGGAGGUGGCAAGGGCGGUGGUGGUGGUAUUGGAGGUGGGCAUGGUGGUGGUGCUGGAGGAGGAUUUGGAGGUGGACACGGUGGUGGCAUUGGAGGUGGACAUGGUGGAAUUGGAGGUGGACACGGUGGCGGCAUUGGAGGAGGAGCAGGUGGAGGUGGUGGAAUUGGAGGUGGACACGGUGGCGGCAUUGGAGGAGGAGCUGGUGGUGGUGGCGGAGCAGGAGGUGGCUUUGGAGGAGGACAUGGUGGUGGCAUUGGAGGAGGUGGCGGAGCUGGAGGUGGUGCUGGUGGUGGGUUUGGAGGUGGUAAAGGAGGAGGCAUUGGAGGUGGACAUGGUGGUGGCAUUGGAGGAGGUGCAGGUGGUGGAGCUGGCGGAGGUAUAGGAGGAGGACAUGGUGGCGGUAUUGGAGGAGGAGCUGGCGGAGGUGCUGGUGCUGGUGGCGGCUUUGGAGGUGGAGUUGGUGGAGGUGGCGGAGCCGGAGGAGGCGCUGGCGGAGGUUUUGGAGGAGGAGUUGGUGGUGGCGGUGGUGCCGGCGGUGGUGGAGGAAUUGGCGGUGGAUUUUAAGUUCUUAGAUCCUUAUGAUAUCAUGUUUCUAUGCAAGAUGAGAUACACUUUCAUAGUGGCAAUAUGCAAGUACGUACAACAGAUGAAUUAAAUAAAUAUGGAGUUUUGUGAUGCUCAUCUAAUGAUGGAGAAAUUAAGUCUAAUAUAAUGCUGUAACGAUUAUUGAUAGUGAAAUAAAAAAUCCCAAGUUUUAUGAA